AUGCACAAUGUGCAAUGCUCCGAUGAAGUCCGGAUAGGAGUCCAGCAUUGUCCCGUGGUUGAGCUGCUGUGCUUUGUGUUCGAUCGAACGUGUGCGUUUGGACAACCCCGAGCCAAUGCCUGGUCGGUACCCAGUAACAUGCAAGAGCAACAUCGGACAGAUUCGGUGAAUGCUAUUUCAGCCUUCACAUCAACAGAGACUCUGCUCGAGCGAUACAACCACUUCACCUCCUUGGAUGAUUUCCUACACUACUACUAUAUCGGCAUGAGCGUCCUGAUCGACUCCGCCGAUUUCGAAGCUCUCGCCUUGGAUUACUUCGAACACGCCGCCGCAGAUGCGGUCAUGCGCGCGGAAGUUUUCUUUGACCCACAAGCCCACCUCGAACGCGGCGUCUCCUACGAGACCGUGCUCGCGGGCUUCGGGCAGGCUCGCAAGCGCGCUCAACUCGAACUCGGUAUCUCCAGCGACCUGGUCUGUUGUUUCUUACGCCAUCUGCCUGUCGCAGACUCACUUGCCAUGUUUCAAAUGGAAGCGGUGCAAGCGAGCUUUGCGCGCGGAGAGAUCAUCGGCAUUGGUCUGGACUCCAGCGAGAAUGGCUUCCCGCCCGAGUUGUUCACCGACAUCUACUCCCAGGCGAAAAUGCUGGGUAUGCGCCGUACAGCCCACGCCGGCGAGGAAGGACCUGCAGCAUACAUCCGAGCAUCUCUCGACGAUCUCAGCGUGGAACGCAUCGAUCACGGUAUCCGACUUGCCGACGAUCCGGCACUGCUCGCACGCAUCGCUCGAGAAGGCAUCAUGCUGACCGUCUGCCCGAUGAGUAAUGUCCUCCUUCGCUGCGUGACGCAGGUUUCGGAACUUCCAAUCCGCGCUUUCCUCGAUGCCAACGUGCGGUUCUCGAUCAACUCGGACGAUCCGGCGUAUUUCGGGAACAACUACAUUCUCGACAACUACUGCGCGGUGCAGAAUGCGUUCGGCUUGAGCGUGGACGAGUGGACGACGAUCUGCCAAAAUGGUAUCCGCGGCAGUUGGUGCAGCGCGGCACGGAAGGAGGAGAUGUUGACGAAGUUGACCGAGGUAAUCGGCUUGUGGCGGGAGGCACAGCAGGGAGUGGAUAGGUAA